AUGUCUGUCCUGAUGCCACUACUGCUGAGAGGCCUGACCCGCUCUGCCCGGCGGCUCAUGGUGCCGCGCGCUCAGGUCCACUCUAAGCCGCCUCCGCGGGAGCAGAUCGGAGUCGUGGAUGUCACCGUUGGGCUCACUUCCUGCUUCAUCUGUUGCCUCCUGCCUGCGGGCUGUGUCCUGUCACAUCUGGAAAGCUACAAGAAGCGGGAGUGA